AGAAAUAAUCCUGCCCUUCAAACAGGGCGUUCAUUCCGCUGCAUCUCCAUGAAAUAGACGUGCAGAUCUCAUCUCUUUUCACCAGAGCAGGAACCCUCUCUUUCCAUAGAUGAUUUCAAUAUACUUUCAGGUGUUAUAGCAACUUUUUUUUUCUUCCGUGACGCAAAGCAGCAAAUGAACCUGAGGAACAUGGUGAAGCAACCCAUGGAGCACAUCAAGAGACCAAUGAACGCGUUCAUGGUCUGGUCGCGAGGUCAGAGAAGGCAGAUGUCACUGGAGAACCCAAAGAUGCACAACUCUGAGAUCAGCAAGAGACUCGGUGCCGAGUGGAAGUUGCUCUCCGAGUCUGAAAAACGACCUUACAUCGACGAGGCCAAAAGACUUCGCGCCCAACACAUGAGAGAGCAUCCAGAUUACAAAUACCGACCGAGACGCAAACCCAGAGGACUUUUGAGGAAGGACACUCUGUUGUCUUUAGCGCUUCACAGCGAGCGAGACUUUCAAAGCGUCUCAGCUUUGACCAAACCACGACCUCUCCAUUCAGCUGCGUCCAUGCAACAUCCUUUCAUUGAGCAGAGCCGAUCCAAUACCACUGCUUUCCAACAUGAAAAACCUGCUUUAACCCCUGGCUCGUUGGUUUUUUCUCCAGCUUUAGGCUAUCAGAGUGGACACAGGUCCAUCGGGGGUCUGGGAUGCCCCGGUCAGUACGCGCACACUCACCUGUCACCUGCAAACCCCGGAUACCUGCUGCCCUGUAACUGUUCGCCCUGGUCUUCUUCCAGUCUCACACCUCCACUUGCCUACAUAGUGUUUCCAGGUAUGAGCAAGACUGCAAUUAACUCUUCAGCGCUGUGAUUAAUAUCGCGGAAAGUUUUUAAGAGAGAAGACGACUGGUCUUUUUCCGUUUCUUACUUUAGGUUUAAGUGCAGCUUUAAUGCGUUGAUUAAAAGUGGACAACACUUUGAUUAGUAGAUUAGUAUAAUUUCAUUAAUAAUACCCACCUACUUACUAUAGACCAUUUUCACAGACUGUGAUGACGCGUUUUAACAGUCAUCAAUAUCGUAAAUCCUGCA